AUGGUCUCCGCCAACUUCCUCUCUCAAGCCCUCUUCGCAGGUGCAGCUCUGGCAAGCGGCCUCCACCUGCGUAGAGACCAGUGCACCUCUGAUGAUGCUUGUGAAGGAGCCUGCCGUGCWGUUGAUGUCAAGUGCGAAGGCGCGAACGUCACGCCCACCGAGGCCGUCAUAGCAGAAGCACGACGCCGCUACCAAGACUAUCAUUGCGUAAACUCGCAAUGCCAGUGUGCCGUGACUAGCGAUGACCAGGCGCAGGAUUUCUGCCAAUACCUGGUAGAGAAUGACAAGGCUUUCAAAGGGUUUAAAUAUGAUGAUGGCCAUUUCGACUUUGACACAAACACGAUUACCUGUGUUAUCGUCCCUGCAUAG